CAAAUUGUAGCAGUGUGUCCCCUAGAGUGUUCUUACCAAAACGAAGCUCCCGCAAAUGGUUGCCUUCUCUGUGCUUCUGCUUCUUAAGAUGCUGUUGUUCUCGGCUCAAGGGGAUGUUCAUUACUAUGAUUUUUAUGGUGAUACUGUGUUUGUUAAUGUCCAUAAUGAAGGAAAUUAUGGUGUGACCCUUCAUUGGCAUGGAGUGAAGCAGCCAAGAAAUCCGUGGUCAGAUGGUCCAGAGUAUGUGACGCAGUGCCCAGUUCUACCAAGGACAAACUUCACAUAUGAGGUCAUAUUUUCUGAUGAGGAGGGCACCCUUUGGUGGCAUGCUCACAGUGACUGGACUCGAAACACCGUUCAUGGUGCCAUAGUCAUUUACCCUUCGAAAGAAGCCUCUUCGCCCUACCCUGAACCUGAUGGAUCUUGGUACGCCUAUGAUGUGAACCUGUUGGUGGCAGAAACCCUUUUAAAUGGGGGAGACUUGCCCAUCUCUGAUGCUUACACGAGCAAUGGUCAACCAGGAGAUUUUUGUGCAUGCUCAAAAGUUGAAUAUGGCAAGACUUACCUUCUACGCAUAAUCAAUGCAGUCAUGAAUGCAGAAAUGUUCUUUGCAAUAGCUGGACACAACCUUACAAUUGUCAGCACCGAUGCAGCAUACCUAAAACCCUUCGUCUCUAGCCAUGUUGUGAUAGGCCCUGGACAAACAAUGGAUGUCCCGUUCACAGCAAACCAGUCCUUUGGUCACUAUUACAUGGCUGCUAGACGAUACUACACUGAUAAAGCCAUUUUCACAGAAUAUGACAGUAAAUGUUACCGCAAUUCUCCAGUACAGUGGCGAUUACUUUCCCCCUUCAUCACCUUAUUAUCCUACCCUUCCAGCCUAAGCAGACUACAAUGUGGCAAUAAGCUUUAGAAACAACUUGAGGAGCCUGGUCCCCCAAGAUGUCCCAAAAAACAGAACUACCCGUAUGUUCAUUACAGCUGCUCAGAACGAAAAUUUGUUCAAUGAUUCUGGAGACGCAACAAAUCCUGAAAGCAUUACCAAGAGAUGGAUGGCUUGCAGUUAGAUUCUACGCAACAAAUCCUCGUAUGUUCU